GAGAGCGCUAUGUCCUUCCACUGAUUACCAGAGCAAACCUAGCUACUAAACGAGAGAAACUAAACGAGCUCAAGAACACAAGGCAAAUCAAUGGAGUUCGACUUGCUGGCGCUGGUGGCAGGCAACGAGACGCUGGCCAAGCUCGCAGCGUUCGUGGUGGUGCAGGCGCUGGUGUACCUCAUCCUCUCCAGCUCCUCCGGCGUCUUCUCCGGCGGCGGCGGCGUGGCCGGGAGCGCCAGCCUCUUCCGGCGGCCGGCGGUGGAGAGGUCAGAGAGCUCCCGGCGCAUGGCCGCGCUGCUCGCCGAUGAGAUGGAGCUGGAGCUGGAGCUUAUGCUGAUGCGCUGCUCAUUCUCGUCCUGAAAGCUUUGUACGAAUUAUAGGGUGCAGAAUUCUUUCGUUGAUAAGUUAGGUAUGAAUGUAUGAUGCAAAUAUCUGAUCUAUGACAUUGAUCGAGUUGGAAUAUCGAA